UACCUCUCCUGAGGUCCUAGUACCCCUACAGUCUGGACCUUCUCUAUUACGAUGGUUCACUCAAUCUCUCAGCACUAUCACUGUAAUACAUGGCCCGGCGUAUCUCCCUUCCUGAGGCGGCCUCUGUCGGCAUCACACUCACCUCGCCUCAUGGGCCACGCUAUAGCGUGACGCUCGCAGGCGUCGAACUCCUCUUGGUUCUCGCACAAACACAUCACGCACGCAAGCGUCAAUGUGACAAUAGCUUUUUCAACACAGCCCCAGCGUCAAUUGUCGAUGAAGGCGAUAACGAUAAUGAUAAUGACAACGACGCACGACUUGUAAGCGUCGCAUGAGCGAUGUGCAGCUGCAGGGGAGGACAAGACGCUCGACGCCCGAAAGCAUGGACGCGAUACCCUCGCACAACAGCUAGCGACAACUUGACAGCCGCUCGUCACUUGAAAACAAUCAAAACUCUUCGACACACAGGUGGUUCCUUGAACCAACUCUGAUGAUAAUUACGCCACGCCACCUGCACCUUGGCCGUAUGUGGCGCUCGAUGGGGCGUGUGGGCCCUGUCUUUGCUGCAAGCAACACCAUACUUUGCUCCAUUGUACUGAACAUGGAACCAGUUCUGCCCCCAGCCGCCGCCAUUGGGACAUAAUUGCGUCAUUGGGACAAGGUAGCAUAUCUCGUAGCCGCCGUGACCUUUGAUGUCCUUCAAGUGAAGAACCUUUGGUGCAGCGGGAUAGAGUUCUUGAGGGAGAACAUCGAACUUUCUGUUCCGUUGUUUGCAAUCAUAGGGACAAGCUUCCGGGUCCGUUGGCGGAG